GCCGCAAGUAUCGCAACUUUCUCUCUCUAGAAACCCAAAUCCAACGUCUCCGUUUCUCUCUCUUCAAACGCUUCUUCUUCUUCUUCUUCUCCAUCUCUCUCUAUAUGUAUUAAUAACCCUUUUCUAAUCCUCUCUUCACCUUCAUUGAUCUGAAACUCGAAUGAUGGAUUAUCAUUCUAAACCAAGUUUGUGAAAAGAUUCAAAAAAAAAGAACCUUCUCAAUUUUUCAUCAGAUUAAUGUUGUUGACAUUUGUAUCCUGGGUCUGUAGAGUUGGAAUCGAGAAGAAGAAGAUUGUGUCUGAUCAUAAUAUAGUUAUAAGCACUGAUUUAAUGAACGAUUUGAUAGCUGGUUCCUUUGGUUAGAGAACAUGUGAGUAAGUUAUGGUAUCUACAACAUUCAGGAGAAUUGUGACACCUUGUUGGAGACCUUUUGGUGUUGGAGAAGGUUCGGUUCCAGAUGAUGAUGGACGUCUUGAUGGUCUCUUGUGGUAUAAAGAUUCCGGUAACCACCUCACCGGAGAUUUCUCUAUGGCGGUGGUUCAAGCAAACUCCCUUCUUGAAGACCAUAGCCAGUUAGAGUCUGGUCCUAUCAGUUUUCACGAGUCGGGAGGUCCUGAAGCGACUUUUGUCGGUGUUUAUGAUGGUCAUGGAGGUCCUGAGGCAGCUCGGUUUGUGAACGAGAGGUUGUUUCACAACAUGAGACGGUGUGCGUCUGAGCAAAGAGGAGUCUCUCCUGAUGUGAUCACCAGAGCUUUCGUGGCGACGGAGGAGGAGUUUCUUGGUUUAGUGCAGGAGCAGUGGAGGAACAAACCUCAGAUUGCUUCUGUGGGAGCUUGUUGCUUGGUGGGUGUUGUUUGUAAUGGGGUGUUGUAUGUUGCAAACGCUGGAGAUUCUCGUGUAGUUUUGGGGAGGCUUCAGAGUCCGUUUAAAGAGAUGAAGGCUGUUCAGCUAUCCUCGGAGCAUAACGCUAGUAUUGAGUCUGUGAGAGAGGAGUUGCGUUUGUUGCAUCCUAAUGACCCGAAUAUAGUGGUGUUGAAACAUAAAGUCUGGCGUGUGAAAGGGAUCAUACAGGUUUCAAGAUCAAUAGGUGACGCGUACCUAAAGAGAGCAGAGUUUAACCAAGAACCGUUGUUACCUAAGUUCAGAGUUGCGGAACGUUUUGAGAAGCCUAUAAUGAGAGCUGAGCCGGCGAUAACAGUUCAUAAGAUUCACAUUGAAGAUCAGUUUCUUAUAUUUGCAUCAGAUGGUUUAUGGGAGCAUUUAAGUAACCAGGAAGCAGUUGAUAUUGUCAACUCUUGUCCACGCAAUGGUGUGGCUAGGAGGUUAGUGAAAGCUGCAUUACAAGUAGCAGCAAAGAAGAGAGAGAUGAGGUAUUCGGAUUUGGAGAAAAUAGAACGUGGCAUUAGGAGACACUUUCAUGAUGAUAUCACUGUGAUUGUUGUUUUUCUUCACUCUGCAAACUUAGGGCUUCGAACUCGGGUCUCUGUCAGGGGAGGUGGUGAUCUCUCAGGCAAUGCCAUUUUCUAG